UUUAUGGGGAAGAAAAUAAAUUUAUGGUUUUAUAACAUGCAAAAUUAAUCAAACAUGUACUGAAGCAAAUUUAAUUAUCAUACCUUUGUACUCACGCUUUGAAACUCUGUACACUUGAUUUUUCUCAUAUUCUGGAUUAUUUGUAUUUGAUAGUUUUGGCAAAGAGAAGCAGCAACUUUAAGGCAGCAGUUACAGGAUUUGCAAGAAAAUCAUCGGAAACUAAUGGGAGAAGAAUUAUAUGGAUUGAGUGUGAAGGAUCUUCAAACACUUGAGAACCAGCUCGAGAUAAGCUUGAAAGGCGUGCGUAUGAAAAAGGAACAAUUACUAAACGAAGAAAUUCAGGAGCUGAGUCGAAAGGGAAAUCUUAUUCAUCAAGAAAAUGUGGAGCUCUACAAGAAGGUAAAACUCAUCGAACAAGACAACUCGGAUAUGUACAAAAAGGCUUAUGGCACAAGGGAUCUAAGUGCAGCAAACUGUAGCGACUUUUUACCGUUUGGUUUAACUUUUAACGGGCAGCUGCACGGACCAAUUCAGCUUCAGCUAAGUCAGCCCGCACGGCAAAAUAACGAGACACCACCAAAUGAUCAUAAAUGAAUCUAGGUAGUAUCGUUCAUCAGUCAGCCGUAUGCGACUAACGAUUGGUUUUGUCCCACACAGGAAGACUAACCAGCCCAAAAUUGUCAAUAUAGUCACAUAUGAUCGUUUAGUCACAUUUUAAGGGCGAAUACCUUUUUCUCUUGUAUUUUUCCUUUGUUUUUCCUUUUUUUUUUUUUUU